AUGGAUUCUGGAGGUGAGCCGGCGAGGCCGCAGCCGCCCCAACAUCUGAAUUCGCCCUCGCAAUCUACGCCGGCCUCUACGAGUAGCCGUAAUACGCCGCCAGCGCCGGGGUCGACGUCGACGCAGAAUUCCCAGGGGCAGAUGAGCUUUCGAAGACAACGAGCUUCGAGAGCUUGCGAGACCUGCCAUGCUAGAAAGGUGCGAUGCGAUGCCGCGAGCCUCGGCGUCCCUUGUACCAACUGCGUCGCCUUCCAAAUCGAAUGCAAGAUCCCGCAACCCAAGAGGAAAAAGGCCCAAACCAGCACCACAAAGGACUCAGACAGUGAUCGUGGCGAUGUCGUCGAAGCGCCCUCUCCGAAGCCCAACGCCGGCUCGUCCACCACCUUCCCCGCGCGACCUCCCAUGUACCACUCCGUCGAAGGUGUCCCCGCGACGACGCUCACCGAGUCUCAGGCCAGGAAAGAGGAGGCUGACAAUGAUACCUAUGUCAACCUAGUCAUGAAACCCAAGUUCACGCGUGCCCCCAUCACCGACGCCGGCAGGGUCGCGUUCCUCGGCGAAUCGUCGAAUCUAACGCUCCUCGUCCACGAUCGCCAGGGGUCUUCCGAUGUUGUGCAUUAUCCCCUCCCGGGGAACGUGCGUGGAUCUCGGGAUCGCUUGACCGAGUUGGACAACAUCGAGAUGGAUAUCUUGAAUCAACGUGGAGCUUUCUUACUACCGCCUAGGUCUCUAUGCGACGAGCUCAUCGACUCCUACUUCAAGUGGAUACAUCCUAUCGUGCCCGUCAUAAAUAAGACUCGCUUCAUGAAGCAGUAUCGAGAUCCCAAGAACCCCCCUUCCUUACUCCUCCUGCAAGCCGUGCUGCUCGCCGGCUCGCGAGUCUGCAACAACCCGCAGCUCAUGGACUCGAACGGAUCGACCACCCCGGCCGCGCUGACGUUCUAUAAACGAGCGAAGGCGCUUUACGAUGCCAAUUACGAAGAUGACCGCGUGACCAUCGUCCAGGCUCUGCUUCUCAUGGGGUGGUACUGGGAAGGCCCGGAAGACGUCACCAAGAACGUCUUCUACUGGAGCAGGGUCGCCAUCAUUGUCGCUCAAGGGACGGGGAUGCACCGCAGCGUGGAAGCGUCGCAGCUGAGCAAGGUCGAUAAGAGGGUAUGGAAGCGCAUCUGGUGGACGCUCUUCACCCGCGACCGAUCCGUGGCCGUCGCGCUCGGACGCCCAUGCAAUAUCAACCUGGACGACUCGGACGUCGAAAUGCUUACCGAAGACGAUUUUCUCGAAGACGAACCGGAUAACACGAGUGGAAUUCCGCCGGACCCGAUCCACGUCCAAUUCUUCCUGCAAUACGUCAAACUGUGCGAGAUCAUGGGCUUGGUCUUAUCCCAACAGUACUCGGUGGCAUCCAAGGGCCGACGUCAGAACGCCAUCGACCUCACCCACAGUGACAUGGCUUUGGCAGACUGGCUACAGAAUUGCCCCAAGCUAGUGUACUGGGAGAUGCCGCGACAUCAUUUUUGGAGCGCAUUGCUCCAUUCGAAUUACUAUACCACCUUAUGUCUCUUGCACCGAGCGCACAUGCCCCCUAAUAGCAGCAACGCGGCCAGGUUCCCGGACGACUCGUCCUACCCUUCGCGAAACAUCGCCUUCCAGGCCGCGGGGAUGAUCACAUCUAUCAUCGAGAACCUGUCUGCUCACGACGAGCUCAAGUAUUGCCCGGCCUUUGUCGUCUAUAGCUUGUUCUCCGCUCUUAUCAUGCACGUGUACCAGAUGCGGUCUCCCGUGCCGUCCAUCCAACAAGUCACGCAGGUCCGAAUUCGGACCUGCAUGGAGGCGCUGAAGGAGGUCUCGAGGAUCUGGCUCGUGGGCAAGAUGGUAUACACGCUUUUCGAAUCCAUCCUAGGCAAUAGGAGCCUGGAAGAGCGGUUACAGAAGGCCGCGGGCAGGCGGCAUAGGAAAGCCCAGCAGAGUUUAGCGCAGUUGGAGCAGCAUCAUCAAAGGCAACAAGAAUCGGCGAAGCGGAAGUACGAUGAGAUGGCCAUCGACUUCAGCAUCAACACACCGGUCCAUCAGGAAUCGUACGAGCGGUCGCGCCCCCAGACGCCCAGGAACGAACCGACAGCAGCCCAAGUCCACAUGGGACCGCCCCUCAGCUCGCCGAACGCCAGGUCCGGCGACACCUUCAUGGGAACUAACAGCAGGCCACACACGCGACCGGCGACCCCGUUCAACCCGUCCUUCUCGGUUCCGGCCACGCCGCCAGACUUGUAUCUCGUGACCCGCAACUCGCCGAACCUGUCGCAAUCGCUGUGGGAAAACUUCCAGCCCGACCAGCUCUUCCCCGAGAACACCAACCUUCCGGUGCCGCAGGUGUCUCCUUCGCAGAACCAGCACGGCUUGGACCCCAACCUCGUCUCUCCAAUGCAGGGCGGUAUGUUCUCACAGUUGAUCGGGCAGCCGGACCAGGUGCAGCGCCGGAUGCCGAACAAAUUGACAAGUCCGAACCCGCAGCAGGCUAACACAUCGUUGCAACCAGGAGCCGGAGGUUUCCAGGCCCAGACGAACAACAACCUAUGGCCGGGCGGCGAGGUGGGCGCGGGACUGCCGGACGGCCAAAGCCCGAGCGACAGCUGGAGCACCGGGUCCGCGCAAGGCCGGCCUGUGCCGGCCGCCUUGAACGUUGAAGACUGGUUCCAAUUCUUCGGUAUCAACGGUAACGACAUGAAUGUAGCGGGGUUCGACGUAUCGUUGGGGUGA